AUGCGUCCCUGUGAGGUCCUGAACAUCAUACUACAGCGUACUAUACAUCGUACUAUAGUAGGUACGUGCGGGCCCACGACCGCGUUCGCCGGUCCCCGCUCGUUUUCUUACCUGCUCACGAGAGUCCCGUGUGGCGUUGCCAUCGCUGUUGAGGUCUCCCGGCGCCGUUCGGGCAUUGUUGCAUCGACGCCCGCUUAAGAGAGUAUCCUGUAUGUGAUCGCAUCGCGCUUUAUGUUUCCCUCGCUAUUCUCAAUUCAGUGCGUAAUGUACAGUGCAAUUCGUUAUCGGUGGAAUUGUCGAUAAUUUUGCGAAUGUUUCACCACGGAUUUUCAUGAAAAAGUAACGGUGAACAAAUUGUUCCUGCAAAUUGGAGCAAGUCAACCAGCCGCUAUGAAGCAGGAUCAGAGGCCGCGAAGGCAGGCUCUCUUCCAGAUUGCCAAGGUCUUAUGGCAUCUCGACAUCUUUCGACGGAGCUUCAGAGAGCUCUCCGGACAUGCGUGCAUGAGAGAAUCCUGCAUUUUCUGCGCACUCAAGGACCUGUUCUCGCAGCUGCAGUUUUCGCAAGAGAGCGCUCUGCCACCCGACACGUUGCGCCGCGCGUUGGCUGAGAGCUUUCUCGAUCAACAGAGGUUUCAGCUUGGUUUUAUGGACGACGCGGCAGAAUGUUUCGAGAACAUUCUCCUACGUAUACACCUUCAUAUCGCAAGCGGCGAGGCUGAAGAUAUGUGUAGCGCGAGGCAUUGUGUGCCGCAUCAGAAAUUUGCCAUGACACUUGUCGAGCAAAGCGUCUGUGGAGCUUGCGGAGCAACGUCAGAGCCACUGCCUUUUACACAGAUGGUUCAUUACGUAUCUGCGUCAGCGUUGACAUCUCAAGCUCAUCAAACGUCUUUAAACUCUAGAAAUAAUCCGGAUCUUUUCGGGCAACUUCUCCGGAGAGCCGGCGGAAUGGGUGACAUUCGUGACUGUCCGAGCUCUUGCGGUGCAAAAAUACAAAUAUGUCGAACCCUGAUGAACCGGCCGGAAAUAGUUUCUGUCGGUGUCGUCUGGGACAGCGAACGACCGUCGUUGGAGCACAUCAUGGACGUUUUUGCGACCGUAGGCACAUCCCUUCGGCUCAGCGAUGUCUUUCAUAGCGUAGUAGACUCCCGAUGGGGUGCCUCUACCGUGCAUAAUCUCGUAGGAGUGGUCACCUAUUAUGGAAAACAUUAUUCUACCUUCUUCUUCCAUACGAAAUUGAAGGUGUGGAUCUAUUUCGAUGACGCCACUGUCAAGGAAAUUGGACCUCGGUGGGAGCAAGUCGUGGAAAAGUGUAGAAGAGGUCGUUACCAGCCUUUGCUACUACUAUACGCGACGCCCGCCGGUACUCCUGUUAAUACCGAGAGCGCCCCAAAGACUAUUAUCCCUUUUCCGAAUAGUAAUGGUCUAAAGACGUCUCCAAAGAAUAGCGUUCGCCGUUCGAUUACGCCUAGUCCUGAGAAGCCAUCCAUCAACAGCACUGCCAGACGUGCCAUCACACCUAAUCCCGAUAGUCCGCCGCACCUGUAUACUCAACGAACGAUUUACAGUGAUUAUCAGAAUCUCACAGAUAUCCAGAACAAUAUAUUCGGCGAUCAGGGCGUAGACGCAGUUGAUGGUGAAAUAGAAUCAAAGUAUAUUAGCCGUCGCGCUGUGGAAAAUGUAAUGCAGCAGCAGAAAAAGCAGCAAAUGCAAUUGACGCGCAGCUUAAGUGUGGGAUCGACGCCGCAAGAUGGUAUCAGCAUCCCCGAUCAUAUGAACGUGCCUCGAAGACGGGAUUCUGGUAAUUGGUCCGGCGAUCGAAACAGCGCGUCGUCGAGUUCUUCAACCACGAUGGACAAUACGUAUUUGUAUAUCGUUAACAAAAUGCAGAGAAACUCGGGCGUACCUAAAAGUCCUAUUAGCAAAUCUGGAGAAUUGUCGAGUAGCAGUAGCGGUCAUUACGACGCUGGUUACGACUCGUAUUCUUUAUCUUCCACGGACAGUCUUCCACUUCAGCAAGGAUUGAAACAUAAUUUACAGCUCGCUCAAAUACCGGAAGGUUAUCAACCUUCUUCCGGCGACGAUUGCGAACGAUUAUGCAAAGAAACGGACGCGUUGCUGGACAAAUCUCGCGCCGCCGAAGAUGCUGGCGAUCUUAAUACGGCUGUCGCAUUGUGUAACGCGGCCAGUAAUAAAGCCAGAGCUGCAAUGGACGCUCCAUACAAUAAUCCUCACACAAUCACGAUAGCAAGAAUGAAACACAAUACUUGCGUCAUGAGAACGAGGAGUUUGCAUAGAAGAAUGCUACAGGAACAAGUUACCAUUAACGGUGACAAAGAAGAUGGACCACUCGAGGGAAGACACUCACGAGAGAAUAGUAAAUCGAGCCAGCAUUCGAGACAAAGUUCGCGAGACAAGGGAAAUCAUUCUCGGCAAAACAGUCGGGAACUUCUAGUAAAUGCUCCAACAACAGUGGUAGAUAAACCCGCUACGAAGAGUAUUGAAAUUUAUGCUACUUUACCGAAGAAGAAGACUUUACGUAGUAAAGCAACGGCGGUAAAUGUCAUUGAGGAUGAGGAAUAUAUGCUGUACGAUCGUCCAACGCAAAGAACCGGCUUGUUCAGCCGUACGAAACGUUGCGAAGAUGAUAAAAAAGAUAAGAAACGCGCGAGAAGCGAGGAGAGAAAUAAGAACGUAUCGAAGGAUUUUUCGAUAGCACCGUCUAGACUGUCACCGUCUCCAAAAGGGAUAAAGAUUGAGAAACCGAAGGAAACUGAGAUUAACGCGACUAUCAUGAGAAGUACGCAGCUCAACACGGUUGCAGAGCAGAAACAAGGCAAGAAGCAGCAUAAGAUACGUAGGAAAUUGCUUAUGGGUGGAUUGAUCAAGAGGAAGAACAGAAGCAUGCCGGAUUUACGAGAAGGACAGGAUGGUCAGGUAAAUGUCAACGCGGAAGGAUCAUCCAACGUUUUACCGAAACAGUCGGUAGAUGAUUCCAACGUUGGUUUGAAAGGCAACGAUGUAAGCCAAUCACUGAGCGGUUAUUUGUCAGAGGGACAUCUGGAGUUUGCCGGAAAUAAUGGAUCUGGAAACACCAGCAAUCCAAAUCUUGAGAGAAGUCGCUUGAUGAGGAAGAGCUUCCAUGGCAGUGCCGGUAAGGUGUUACAUGUAGCGAAAGUGCCCCCGCCCCCACCGCUCAGAACCACUUCUCAGCUUAGCAAGUCUAAGUGUUCGGGCGAAGUGCACAAUGAGCAGCAAUCUGACAAAACUGCAUAUUUGCCGGAUGGUCGGUGUGCGCCCGCUUUGUCGCAGGAUCAAAAUAACGUUUAUUGGAAUCACAUGAACGCGAACAACUCAUCCAAUAUGACAAACAUGAGAAACUCAGACUAUGCUGAUUACUCCUCGGAGUCUCAUUCGCUUCCGUUUUUACCGUCUUAUAAUGAACAGAACACCAAUAUUUCUGGAACAUGUCAAACGAAUUAUAACAGCAAGCCAAGGAUUCAGGAUGAUGUCGUGCAAUACGCUAAUGGCAUACUGUACGAACCGACCUUUGUUGUCACUCGUGCGGACGUGCACAACGAGCAAAGUCCCAUUAAGCAACAAUUUCAGCCUGAUUCCUUACCACCUUAUCCCGAAAACAGCAAUAUUUCGCAUUCGCGGCAGCCGAGCGAGGACUUUCCACCACCACCGUAUCCGUUGAUCCAUUCGGUAUCGCACUCGAGACAAACCAGUGAGGACUUCCCGCCGCCGCCGCCACCGAUUGAUGAGCCGACUUAUCAUCAAGAGAUUCAACAGCAUCAAGUUUCCGUUCAACCUCAACAACGCGCACAGCAACUCGAAGUGCAGCAGAUUGGAAGCCUGUUAGCGCAGUUGCAAAGCAAAAGAGAACAGAUUUUAACCGAUGACUCGAACAAAGAGAAACGAGCGGAGGAGCACGAGAACGAGGAGAAAUCUUCCAGCGAAACGUGGCUGAGAGAAUUACAAGCUAAACAAGCAGAGAGGAAAAUGAAGAGGCAAGGUCCUUUGAAUCAGGACAUUCCAAAAGUAAGAACUCCGUCGAUGCCGACGAUUACAGGACCGACUAUUGCUAGACGCACCAGUGAUUUAAUGAUGAAUACUCUUGGACAGAAUUAUGACCAAGGGCGUGACGUUACGGAUUGCCCGCGAGUCACUUCUUCAGUAAAAGAUAUGGCCGCUAAAUUUGAACAAAUCAAACUGCAGCCGGCUUUAAAGUCAGACACAGACGUGAAAUCUCAAACAAAGCAGAAUGUAAAUUGCGUUUCCCCAUUACUAAUGUCGGAUGUGCCUCAAGAAACGUCAUCGAUAGAGAGUACGAAAUCGGCCAAAUUAUCUUCCGAGAAUACCGUGGCUUUCACGAAAAUGGAAGGUUCCAAUUCUCAAACAGUUUUAAACUCUAGUUUCGAAUCGAGUUCUAGCCAGAGCAGUUUUAUUACAACGGUACCGCCAAACGAGUCCGCUCAACAGAGCGAAUUAAAUGCUGCGAUGUUAUCCAUGUCCUUGACACUCCCACAUGAGAAUGGCUUGCCUGUUGAUUAUCCGGAAGACGACAUCAGCGAAGUGGCGAUGCAGAACACCAUACAAAACACAACUAUACUGCCAAGCGAGGAAGACAUCGCUCCGAGGAAGGUGAAACGGCGGAUUGGAAAGAAGAAGAGCGUGUCAUUUUGUGAUCAAGUGGUGCUCGUGGCAACGGCGGAGGAUGAUGAAAAGGACUCGUAUAUACCCAAUCCUAUCUUGGAAAGAGUCCUACGUUCCGCGAUGAACAAACCUGAAACUGCUCAAGUACUGCGAGAAAUCAGAAGUCUUCAGGAGGCGGAGACGAUUCGCGAAAACAUUGCCGCAAAAUUCCAACAGCAGACUCUUCCUUUAAAGAGCGAAGCUGAUAGUGUGCCAGCCACGCCUUUCCAAGAUCAGCUGAGGAGCGUUAAUCCGAUUCCAGAUACCAUUAAGCCGACAUUCGGACGGCAGAAUUCAAACGAUUCGGUCGGAUCGUUAACAGAUAAAAAGGGAUCUUCCGGGACUUCUUGUGGAAAUGAAGGCAAAGAUGUUGUCGAUCGUAAAGAGACUUAUGCCAGCGUACUCGUGAAUACUACGAAAUGUCCGACGUCCUAUUCACCGCAGUUGCAACAGCAGAUCAGGUAUACUCAGAAUGGAUACACGCAGUAUGUACAAUCCGUAUAUCCGCAGACGCAAGCGUCCCAUCCGAGAAAUCAGAUUGUUCCUUUAUCGCAAACCCAGAAGCCGGCCAGUCCUUACCCAACGCAAAUGAAUGGACAAUACAUUCCAAAUGGAAUGCAGCAAGGGAAAAUGGUACCUCAGAAAAACGGCUACGGAACGUAUUAUCAACAGCAACUGCACAAUCAAUUGGAGCAACAGCAUAAUCAAAUGAACAUGAAGCAGCCGACUGUUCAGCCGCAGCAGAAUACUCUAAGUCAAAGGAUUCCGUCUCAUAACGCCAGUCCAAUAACUGUCCAGCACUCACAGCAGCAAUUUUCGUAUCCGCCUAAUCAAUCGCCAAGUCUAUAUCAAAGCCAAUAUUCCCAAAGUUCCUAUCAGGGUGGUUACCCCUAUCAGACUGUUCUUCCGCAGACUAGAACGGGCCAGCCGCAGUAUCAGUCAUCGGCUAACUCGCUUGCGUGUUAUCAACAGCAAAAUGCACAACAAAAUGCACAAAAUUAUCAACAGAGGCAUGACAACUAUCAGCGGCAACCACCACCACAGAAGAUAGAGCAACAAAGCUCUGUGAUGUCUAAUCAGACGUAUCCUAAGACUCUGCAGAAUGGUCAGAUACAGCCAAACGUGAAGUAUCCGCCUUAUCAGCACCCCCCGCUUUCCAAACAGAUGCACUUCGCGAUGUCCACUGCAAAAGUCGUUCCAAUGGUGACGCAGCCUUCUGUGCAAACGCCUACGGGCGUUGCGACUACUGUGAGAGCAUGCGUGACACUCUGCAAUCUCUGCCGAAAGAGAAACGUGAUUGAACCGACGAUAUAUUGCACGGAUUGCGAUUUUUACAUGUCGCGUUUUCGACCAAACAAUAAAGCCACAUGAGCUUUGAAGAUGAAAAAGAACUCUAAAGAAAUAUCAUCUUUCAAGAUGACAGCAAGAUGAUAGCUUAUCGGUUUUAUCGAAUGUUGAUGUAUCGGUUUCGUCAAAUCAUCUUGACGAAAAAAUGACGAUCGGUCUCUUUGUGAUGAGUUAAUUAAUUAUUAUGUAUUAACAAGUAACAAGUUAUUGACAUUAGUUAUUAUUAGACAACAAAGAAAUUUGAAAUGUUUGUAUUGUCUAUAGUUUGAAUUGUAACUUAUAGUGCGUGCAGUCGUCAAAGAUACAAUACCGUAAUUAAAAAUACAAUGUUCAUCUUUUGCAUGCAAUUUAAUUAAUCUUUACAAAACUAGAUCUCAAAAAAUUAGAUUAGUAAAAUUAAAUAUAUAUAACAUAUCGAUAACUUUUCAAGUAACAUUCGAUGAAUUACCGAAAUAUAAAUAAUUUUUUUAAAACAUAUUUGUAUAAAUAUUAAGUAAUUGUUGUAAUUGAAGACCCUUAUCGUGCAGCUACUAAUUAUGCUCAUGUAUAAUAGCAUUGAUAGAGAUAUUUUAUUUUCUGUAAUUUAUAUUAUUAGAAAACUCGUACUUAAGUCUAUCAUUCAGACAUAUUUCGAUGUUCUUAAACUAGAUUAACAUUAUAAUAUGCGCAGGCUCUAAUCGAAUAUUAAAACACCUACUAGAUAUUUGUACUUCAUAAAAUAGCUCACUAAGUAUUUAAAUCGCGGCGUUAUUCACAUUUGUAAUACAUUUUUAUUUGUAUAUAGAUGAAUAUAUCACGCUUCUCUCUUAAGAUCAGCAAAAUCAAUUCACAUUGUAAAUUACACUUGAGCAAACUACAUUUUCUAUUUCUUUUUUUUUUUGUAAUUGCAUAUUUUUUGUUCAAAUUGUAUUAAGAUACAAUAAGUUGCAAAGAUGAGAAGUUGGAAUUGUGAUACUAGCCAUGCUACAUAGAACUUAUCUUGUUAGGAUAGAUUGUAUUGCAAAUUAUGAAAGAAGAAACAGAGUAAGUAGGAAACAGAUAAAACUUGAUCUCUGAGAAUGCGUGGAGUUUAUUUUAUGUUAACACUUCUUAAAGUUACGUGUAUUAACAUGCAUUGCGUUAAACUGUAUUACUUUACUUAUUUUAAAAUGCUAAAUCAAUGUACAAAUGUUCAAUUUUAUACUUUUUGUAUGAGUAUUUUGUUUUAAAAAUACUUUACUUUUAUUGUAACAUUAAUAAAGUCCCCUUGCGAUAUAUUCAAUUGAUGUUUUUUUUUUUAUGGUAACACAUCCCAUUGUAAUUCAAAGAUGAUGGUAACUUCAGUUGAAUACGAUGCGAAUGAAAUAAAUGGGUAAUAAAGACACAGUUGAUUAAACAUA